GAAAGCUAAAGAAUAGGAAGCAAAAGAGAGAAAUGGAGAGAGAGGGAGCACUCAUUUCCUCCACCAAUACCUUCCAAAAUGUCAGCAACUAUGUAUUGGAUAGGUAGGAAGCCAACGCUUAUGGAGAGAGAGAGAGAGAGAGAGAGAGAGAACUCUGUAUGCGUGUGCAUUGGAUCAUGAUGAUGAGGUGGUGGUGUUGCUCCUCUAUAAAUUCUGAUCUCCUAUUUAGUUCCUCACCAAUCAAACAAGCCAUCAUCAUAGCCUGGCCUUCUUCUCCCUUCUGCAGCCGAACCCAAUUUGUCCCUCAGGAGAGCACACGAGCGCCAUGGGAGACCACAAGAACCAAGGCUUCCAGAACCCGAGGCAUGUGGUCAAGAAGGUGCUCGCCAGGCCUCAACACGAAGGUGACGGAGCCAUUGUUAGGAGGAGCAUCGGAAGGGGAGAACUAAGAAACUUGGAUCCCUUUCUGAUGUUGGAUGAGUUUUCCGUUUCUGCUCCUGCGGGAUUUCCUGAUCAUCCUCAUAGAGGUUUCGAGACCGUCACCUACAUGCUGGAGGGCGCCUUCACUCACCAGGACUUCGCUGGCCACGAAGGCACCAUCAGAGCUGGCGAUCUGCAGUGGAUGACCGCUGGUAGAGGAAUCAUUCAUUCGGAAAUGCCUGCCGGGGAGGGAGAGAACAAAGGAUUGCAGCUAUGGAUCAACCUCUCCUCCAAAGACAAGAUGAUGGAGCCCAGAUAUCAAGAACUGCAGAGCAAAGACAUAAGCAGGGUGGAGAAACAUGGCGUCGACGUCCGAAUCAUAGCAGGGGAGUCCUUCGGCGUCCGCUCGCCGGUCUACACGCAGACUCCGACAAUGUACCUAGACUUCACCCUGCACCCUGGCGCCGAAGUCCACCAACACAUCCCUCAACCUUGGAACUCCUUCGUCUACAUCAUCGAAGGCGAAGGCGUCUUCGGGGACCCGAACGCAUCCCCUACGACGCGCCACCACGCGUUGGUGCUGAGCCCCGGCGACGGCCUCAGCGUGUGGAAUCAGGCCGCGAGGCCUCUCAGGUUUGUGCUCAUCGGCGGGCAGCCAUUGAACGAGCCGAUCGUGCAGUACGGUCCCUUCGUGAUGAACGCGCAGGCGGAGAUACAACAGGCCAUCGAGGACUACCACUACUGCAAGAAUGGGUUUGAGAAGGCCAAGAACUGGAAGUCACAGCCGCAUAUGAACUGAGCUGGUGGUGCAGUGGAGGUUGCAGCAGUAGACAGAGCAGUGCCAACAUCAUCGAGCAUGCACUCCACUGAUGUGAUGAGGGGCUGGAAGAUUUAAGGAAACACAGUAGAAUCAAGUCAUUAUUGGAGAUCAUCUUUUCUUGAUCUGAAAGCAACGUUUUCUCUCUUUAUUUUUCAAUCAAGGUUGUCAUAAUUUACUCUUGUUCGAAGGGGUUGGUGUUGAUGGCUGCCUUCACAGUUGGUCUUGAA